AAUUUUUUCGCCCGCCAUGGAUGAGAAUUGUGAUAUAUUGUUUGGACAAAUUAUGUGAAUCUAGUUUAUUAAUCUAAAAGCGCAGUGAUUACGUAACGAAAUAAUUACUUAUUUUGGAUACUGAGAGUGUUUAUAUUUACAUAGAAAUAAUUUACCGAUAAUACUGAAUGAGUUUCGGUGUUACAAGUGCAUGAUUCGAAAGUGAGGUUAUGUGUUUCGUUUAUUUGUGAACAUCAAGAUUAUCUUCGACACAAAAGGUUUUUAAUAACGUAGGUGUACAAGAGCUGAAACAUUGGAAUAAAACUUUGAGUUUAUGAUCUUGAUGAUACUCUUUGGAAUUCGUGGAAUAAUUCAAAAUUCCCCUUUUCCGUCUAACAGCGCCACAUGUUUCUCAAGGGAGUCCGACAGUUGAUCGGGCCGCUCACCCAAUCCCCGGGGAGGCGCCCUUUCCCAGCGAGACCCUCGCUAGAGCGGCCCUUCCAGUUUUCCAGACAACUCGCCAGCGCAAGCACGCUACCGCAGUUAACUAAGGACCGAUAUCCUUAUGUGAAAAGAGGUCAAUACGCCAACUUAGAUCAACAUCACUUGAAAUACUUCAAGGAUUUACUUGGACCAAAUCGCGUUAUUACAGAUACGGAUGAAUGUCAAGGUUUCAACAUUGACUGGAUUCGAUCUGUUAGAGGUUAUAGUCAAUGUGUCCUAAAACCAAAAACUACCGAAGAGGUUUCCAGUAUAUUAUCAUUUUGUAAUGAAAAUCGUCUUGCCGUUUGUCCACAAGGUGGAAAUACUGGCCUAGUAGCAGGAUCUGUUCCUGUAUUCGAUGAAGUCGUUCUUUGGACCGGAUUGAUGAACGAAAUUAUCCAUUUAGAUGAUACCUCAGGUGUUCUGACUUGUCAAGCUGGUUGUAUACUCGAAAACCUAGAAAAUUACGUAGCGAAUCAUGAUUUGAUGAUACCUUUAGACCUUGGCGCUAAAGGAUCCUGUUAUAUUGGAGGAAAUGUAUCCACAAACGCCGGCGGUUUAAGACUUUUACGCUACGGAAACCUACACGGAAGUAUCCUCGGUAUAGAAGCCGUUAAAGCAGACGGCGAAGUAAUCGACUGCUUGAACACUUUAAAAAAAGACAAUACGGGAUAUCAUUUGAAACACCUCUUCAUAGGAUCCGAAGGAACCUUGGGAGUUGUUACUAAAGUUGCGAUUAGUUGUCCAACGAAACCCAAAGCUAUCAACGUGGCGUUACUGGGUUUAAAUUCGUUCGAAGAAGUUUUGAGAACAUUGAAAAAAGCCAAAAGAGAAUUAGGAGAAAUUUUAUCAUCGUGCGAAUUAAUCGACAAUUUAUGUAUGGAUCUAGUUUUGAAACAUUUGAAGGUCCCACCGCCCAUCGGUCAACAUAAUUUUUACAUGUUAAUAGAAACCCAUGGAAGUAACUUGAUACACGACGAGGAGAAGACGAAUUCGUUUUUGGAGAAUGUUAUGAACGAGGGUUUAGCUUUGGAUGGUACAACAACGAACGAAGUCAGCAAAAUGAAGUCUAUAUGGGAUUUGAGGGAAAGGAUAACCGAGGCGCUUCUUCACGACGGAUACAUCUUCAAAUAUGAUAUUUCACUUCCGACUGAAAGUUUCUAUUCUUUGGUUGAAAUAAUGAAAGAACGGUUGGGUGAUAGGUCUCAUAGAGUUUGUGGAUACGGACACCUUGGCGAUGGUAAUAUCCAUUUGAGUAUCUCAGUGUCUGAAUUCACCAAAGAAAUCCUGGAUCUUAUUGAACCGUACGUUUACGAAGUCACCUCAAAGUUCAAGGGAAGUGUGAGCGCUGAACACGGAAUCGGAUUCAGAAAACCGAAAUACAUGCAUUAUUCCAAAAGUAAAGAAGCUAUAAUGUUAAUGAAACAUAUAAAAAAUCUCAUGGAUCCCAAUGGCAUCCUCAAUCCAUAUAAAGUGUUACCACCUUAAAGUAAUUUGUAUAAGAACAUUCAGAGCAGAAAUUCACUAACUAGUUUUUGAUUUUUACAUAAUUCACUCGUUGCAACAAUCCUACUUUUCUAUCCCAGAGUGUAUAUUAAAUUUAUUUAUAACAAAUUCCUGUUUAUUAUAAACGAAUCACUUACAAAAUUUGUUCAAUGAAAAUAAUUUUCCACAACAAAUAAUAAAUUGAUAUACUCAAUUAUUUAUUAGUGGGUACAGCAAAAUUUAUUGUUUAUGUAUAAAAAUAGUAAAUAACAAAAUUUCUAUUCCAAGUUGUAGUGAAGACUAUUUUGAUUUACUAACAGAAAAAAUUUUAUAUUAAACUUACCAAGCCAAAAAAUUUUGUAAUUGAUUUACAUAUUUUUGUAUUGAAUACACAUUUUUUUAAAUUAAUAAAAUAUAUUCAAUUCAUAUCUUACCCCUCAUGUGAAGCUAAGAAUUUGGAUUAAUUGGUCUCUAUCUGUCGCUAUUCGGAAUAGUUCUUCUAUUACCAGCCCUAAUAUUUCGUUGGCAUGGUACCUUUUUGGGACCCAUCCAUCUUCUGCCCUCAACUUUUCCCUGAUUGAUCAACCAAUCAGGGAAUCAAUGUGAUAAUUCUACAGAAGAAAACAAUAAUUAUUUUUUUUUCAAUAGGGAGCCUUGUUGGUCCCAAUUACUUUGGUAAUCCCUUUAGAGUCCCUUUGACACAGUUUACAGCUAUCCAGAACAGAGAAUUUAAGGCUCCACCUUCUUUCUUGGUGUAAUUCAUGGUUCCCUCAUUGUUCUUGGCGAUUUUAAUAGCUCCCUUUUCGUUCUGGUGAUUUUAAUAGCUCCAUCUUCGUUUUUUACGAUAAAAAUGACUCCAUCUUUGUUCUUUGGCUAUAUUCAUGGCUCCAUCUUUGUUCUUGUUAAUAUUCAUGACUCAAUCUUCCUUCUUGAUGUUAAAUAUGGCUCCAUCUUCGUCCUUGGCAACUUUCACUGUUCCAUAAUAACAAUGGCUCCAUCUUCAUUCUUUGGUUAUAUUCAUGGCUUUGUUCUUGGUAAUAUUCAUGACUCAUUCUUCUUCGUUCUUGGUGAUAUCUAUAGCUAAAUCUUCGUAUUUUGGUUAUAUUCAUGACUGCAUCUUAGUUCUUUAGUUAUAUUCCUGGCUCCAUCUUCGUUAUUGGUUAUAUUCAUAGCUCCAUCUUCAUUGUUGAUAAUAUUAAAGACUCAAUCUUCGUUCUUGGUGAUAUUUUUGCCUUGUCCUAAUUGCUCUAGUCAUCCCUUUACAUUUCCUUGGCUACCCUUGCCGUAGCUAUCCAGAAUUGGAGAAUUUAUUGCUCGUUUUUCUACACUUCCGUUCUUGGUGAUAUCAAUGACUCCAUCUUCGUUCUUGUUGAUAUUCAUGGUUCCAUCUUCCAAAGUUAGCAGUUAUUACUAUAAUUCAUAAUGAAAAAACUUUGUUAGUCCUGAUUGCAUUGAUAAGCCCUCCACACUCCCUUUGGUUUCCGUUGCUAUAGCUUGCAGCUAUAGCUGAGAAUUUUCUAGACGUUUCUGGCUUUGAAGCAAGGCUCUUCGGAUAUGUCAAAUUCUAAGAAUUUUCCUCCAUAAGAGCUUGAUACUUUCCUUUUUUUUCCACUGAACUUCCAUUAGCUCUGGGAUUAGACCUACUAGAAUCUUUGCCUUCCUUCUACUCAACUACAAUAUUUUUGCUGUCAAAUCCGAGGGGGUUUUUCCCGCUUAUGACGUUUUCGAUCUGUUUACAACCAUAUAAUUUGACCCAUGCCUUUUUUUCGUUUAACACGGUUUAAAGUUUUCCUCAAUCCAGUAGUACUGAUUGGAAUCCUUUCGGUGAUUCACUGGCUCAAAGUUUGAUCAUGUCGUUGGCAAUCCCUUUGCCCCUGAGUCCUUUAUAUCCAGGAUUGAAGUGCAGUAGUCCUUUCUCAAGUUAGCUAAUUAAGUGACUUGUACCAUUCCAGAAUCAACUCAACGAAACCAAAGAUUGUUUUUGACAAAGACCUUCAACCUAUUUAUGCCCAAAAUUAUUUUUUAGUAUAACUGGGAGAUUCAAGCUCACCAGUGUGAUAGGAAAGCUUUUCAUAUAUUGAUAUAGGAAAGUGGAAAUUAAUCUUUGAUUAGAACAAAUAUCUUUUUGUCUAUCUGUUUUACAACUUUUUGGAUAUUGUUCUGAAAAUUUUGUUUUGAACUAAUCAGCAUCACAAGGAAAAGAAAAAUGAUAAAAUAGGUACUUCAAAUAUUUACCUCUUUUUUCCUUUCCAGUAGUUUUCUUCAUCUUCAAUACAAAAAUAUUGAAAAUCAAUCAUAAUUUCCUCAUUAACAAAUAUUAAUCGACACAAAAUGAGAACAUUGUAGAUGGAAGACGUUGUCAAAUGUACAGAUAUAUUUUUAUAUUUGGCGAAUCGGAAAUUUAUCUACCUUCCUUCCUUUUUCCCCUACUUGUACCGUUUUUACAUAAAAAAUGUUGUGUCUACGUUUUCAAAUUUUUUUCUCGAUAUGAAUUUAUUAGAAUAUUUGUUAUAUUUAAAUAGUUAUCAAAUUUUGGAAAUAUAUUUUAUUCAAAAAA